AUGCCGGCGCUGCUGCCGGAGCCCCGUGGGGGCCUCGCUAGCUGGCACCGGAGAGCGGGGAGCCGGGACUCAGGGCAGCCCUCGCCGCAGCCACAGGCGUGGAGGCAGCUCCCGGGAGAAGCAGCGCCCGAGCCCCCCGCGACCGGCCAUUCCGCCUCCUCCGAAGAACCUUCCCCUCCCCUCCUUCCCUCCCGCCCUUUCUCCCGAGGUGGAAAGGAGGGGAGCCGGGCUCCGAGCCCUCGGCGGGCUGAUGGGCUCCCGACCGUCUGUCUGGAUCGCGCGGGGCUCGCCUCUUCUCCGGGGCCCGGCAGAUCGUCCGCCCGGAGAGCAGGAGCGACCCGUCCGGCUAGCUCCAGCCUUGGCGUCUCUGCCCCCGCCUCCGCCCGCUCCUCCUGCCCCCGCCUCCGCGGGCUCACGCUCUCCCCCACUCGGCGAGCUGCGAACCAGGAAGCAGCCGCCGCCGCAUCCCCGGCCGAGCAGCGCGCCACCAGGCUCCAAGUUCUCAGAAGCCCGGAGCGAGCUGCUGCGCCUUCCGGACCCCGGGGGCGUGGCGCGCCGCAGGCAGCCGGGUCUUACGAGGUGGGUGCGUAAGACCCGGUGGAGGAGGCCCUCGCCCCCUGCGGGCAGCCCAGGCCGUGAGUGCUCUUGGAUCUCGGCUCCUGGCUGCCAGGUUGGAGGGCAAUGAUAAUGAUGGAAAUCCCGUACUCCUCCUUCCUCGGAGAGGUGUGUCACUGCGCAAAGAGCAGGAAAGUAGCUGGCUUCUUCUGUAUGACCAAUGGAGAUAGCCACCAACCGCUCCAGCUUCCCAGAGUCACAGCUUAGCAGCCCUGGCAGAACAAAGGUUUUCCGCACCAGCAUCUUCAAGUCAACCUCCAGGAAGAUGUGUGCCUUCCAGGAGACACUAGACAGAUGGAAGAUCUCCAUUAGAGAGGACUGUCUAUUAACCCAAGCCUCACCUGUAUAACAGCUGUUCUCCAGAUCUGGCCCUGAUGUGGAAGGAAGGCGGGGCAAUCAGGAAGCCCUUGAUGUGUGUAACCCACCCAGAUCACUACAAAUAUAUAAUGCAAUAAAGCAAUAGAGCCCU